AUGAAAAUUAUUCCUUUGAAAAUAAGCCAAGGUGUACCAUCUACUCUUCUUUGUCGGCCUCCAAUGACCGAGAGUUAUUUAACUACAGAUAUUAUUGUUAUUAUUGUUCUAGUCGUCGUAUUAAUUUUAAUUGGUGCAUGUGCGUUUUUUACACAUUUUUAUUGGACAAAAAUUGGUGUUGCUGAAAUAUGGAAUACAGCAAAAUGGAGUUCAAUGCGUAGUUCAUUUUAUAAAUCAAUGCGUCGUUUUAGUCGAGCAAGUAGUAAUAAAUUUGAUUCUGAAAGACCAUUUUCUGCCCAAUCCGUUUAUUCGGAAGAUCCAGAUGGUAGUGCAUUACCAGCUCCAUUACGAAAUAAAAAAUCAAAUCCUGUUACUCCUUCGAAUAUUCAAUCAUCUUCAACAUUACAAACUCAGCCAAAAUCUAAUACUACACGUCGAAAAUCAAGUAAUCAAGUAGAACCGGUUCCUAUCGUAUCAUAUCAUAAAUCUGAAAAAACAAAUAAUGCAACUAAAACAGGACAACCCUCCGAAAAUGCCAAAAUUCAUAAUGCUCACGAAAACGAUGAUAGAUACCAUGAUGGAUCUAUUAUUAUUGAAACAAAUCGUUUUUAA